UGUGUCAGUCAUACAUUUAAAUCUUAAACCAUUCAAAUCAAGCGUAUUCCGCCAGGCGAAUUUGAUUUGUUUUGGUACGGUCGGUCGAUCGUUCGUCCUGUAUUCGUUCACUUCAUACCGGUCAGGGCGGCAGUGAAAGCGAACUAUCGAAUCGUUACGAACAAGCGGGAAUCGUUCGAUCGUAUGAAGUGAUUGAAUCAAAGUGACUGAAUCAAUCGCGAUUGACACAACUCUAGUCACCAGUGAUGUAACCCAAGUUCAAUGACACACCUCUUAUCCUAGAAUAAUUCAAACGGGUUUAUUUACCAGAUAAUUUUAAUGCGUUAUCUGGUAAGGGUAUUAUCGCCUUCGCGUGUUUGGUGGCUGCGUAAUUAUUCGCGGCAAACUUUUGACAAUGUUUUUUAGUAUAGUAGGAAUUGGUGUUUUUAUUUACGGAUGCUUUUACGGGCUAUCCACUGCCCUUUUGGAUUGCGACGUGCUCCUGGGAUUUUGCGAAAAACUCGGAAAAUCUCCACGCCGGCUAAAGGGUAAAGUGGCUUUCAUAACAGGUGCCUCGAGCGGUAUUGGUGAGCACACCGCGUACGCUCUCGCCAAAUGCGGUGUGAAAUUAAUUCUGGCCGCCAGGCGCAAUCACGAAUUGCAACGGGUUAAAGUAAAUUGCAUCCAUGUUUCGAAGGGUCUCCUCGAAGAUAAAGAUGUCCUGGUUAUUCCCAUGGACCUACUCGACUUCGCGUCGCAUAAAAUGCAUUUCCAGCAUGCUUUGCGACACUUUGGUACAGUUGACAUACUCAUAAACAAUGCUGGUCGGUCCCAGCGCGCUAUGUGGGAUGAGAUAGAGCUAUCGGUUGACAGGCAAAUGUUUGAACUGAAUCUUUUCUCUGUGAUAAAUUUGUCUAGGAUCGCUUUGGAAUAUUUUAAUAAGAAAGGGGAGGGACACAUAGCAGCCAUUUCUAGCCUCGCGGGCAUUAUCGGAGUACCAUUUUCAGCUAGCUAUACCGGUAGUAAACAUGCCCUUCAUGGGUACUAUAAUGCCCUAAGGACUGAAAAAUUGGGCAAAAAUAUUCAUGUGACUUUGAUUUGCCCGGGUCCAAUCUAUACAAACUUUUUAUCUGAGGCUUUUACGGGCAAAGAUGGAGAAAAGUAUGACCAACCUGCCAAGGCAUCUGACAGGAGGAUGACUGCAGAACGUUGCGGACAGUUAAAUGCUGUCGCCAUUGUUAAUAAACUCAGUGAGACCUGGAUUGGACUGUUUCCAGUUGUCCCUUUGACUUAUAUCGCCGUUUAUUUUCCUUUGGUAUUUAAAUUAGGUUUAAAGGUUUUGGGACCAGGGUUCCUAUUCAAACUUCGUGACAGUAAGGACUUGAAAGAGAUUAAAAAAAAGGACUAACAAUGGAACGCUCGUGGUGGUGGUCUUUAUUCAAUUAGAACAGAUUUCUGCAUGCUCUUCCUUGCUGCUGCUACUAACCAUAAAAAUUUCAUUUCUGUGUUUAAUUUUAU